AAUGUCAUAGCAGAAAAAUGUCUUUGCUGCUCCGUUCGGUGAAUAUUUUAUCGAAUUCCUACAAAAUUUUGCCUGCCAGUAAUGCAAGAUUUGUUCCAAUCAACAGUGUCAUCAUCAACAAAUAUGCUCCUUUGUUAGAAUUUGUGCGACAAGUUGGAUUUUUCAGCAGAGUGCCUGCUUCUCAACUAUGGAAAGGCGUUAGUUCUGUCAGUAACGCAGGAAAGAAACGAGGCCGUGGAAAAUCUGUAAUGCGCCCUCGUGAUUUGAAUCGAGGACAAAUUAUUGGAGUAGGAAAAGAAAAUAUUAUUUGGCCUGGAUUAAAUGCGCCCAUCAUACAAGGCAAGGAAUUGGUACAUCAACAAAGACUUCCGCCUAAUCCAAAUCACGAAUCCAAAAUAUUGGAGAUACGUGACAAUGCGCCGCAAGGUAAUCGGAUGAAAAUAGAUGCUUUGGAUCGAGGAUGGUCCGGAAAACGAUUGCCUGGAAGAAGUAUUGGGCCUCCAGAUCCAAUUGGUGAAGAUAAUUUUGAGGGAUUUGAUACAAAAGUCAUCGAGCACAAACAAGUUUUUACCAUGAAAGGAAAUAUGGGUAGAAAACGUCGUUGGUCAGUGUUUGUUGUUACGGGAAACAAAAACGGACUUGCCGGAUUCGCUCAAGGAAAAUCUAACGAUCCGAGAGCGGCGAUGAGAAAAGCGAAAAAUCGUGCGGGACAGCAUUUGAUUCAUUUUGAACUCUAUAAUGGACAUACAAUAAUCCACGAUUUUUUUGCACAAUUUAGCAAAACCAAGAUUUUUGCCAAAAGAAUGCACGAAGGUUAUGGAUUAGUAUGUCAUCGUGCUAUCAAAGUGUGUUGCGAAUUGUUGGGCAUAAAGGAUUUACAUGCUAAAGUUGAAGGUUCGACCUGCGUUCAUCACGUCGUCAAAGCAUUCUUCAUUGGAAUUUUACAACAAAAAAAUUUGCAACAGUUGGCGGAAGAAAAAGGAUUGCUCGUUGUUGAGAAUCGGAAAACAGAUGGAAGCCUUCCAAAGGUUGUUGCUCGGCCAUCUCGUUGUCGUAAAGAAGAGGAAAUUGAUAUCGACGAAGUUACAGACUUUAAGUUGUAUGCGAUGAAUAAUCGUGUUCCGUUGAAACGUAAAAAACAUCCUCCAUUCUAUACACGAUUGCCUUAUUGGCCAAUCUACUUGAAGAAACAAGAAACAAUUCGAAACAAGGAUAAAGUUCGCCUAAAUAUGCUUGUAGAACACGGAGAAUUGCGAAGUUUUCUCACUGACAACUAUCCAGAGUGCAAACCCGGAAGACCAAAAAGAAAACCCGAAGAAGCUGAAGCUUAAUAAACAAUAAAUCUGUAGCCUCUUUAAAAACUUUUCAGUCAAUAAAAAGUCUUAUAGUUGUUAUAAAUUCUUAUCAAAUUACAUAUGUAGUAGUUACCCAUGUUACAAACAAGUAAAUAAGGAUGAUA